AUGAAAGGCCUGAAUCUAGGCGGCGUGGUCGAGUUCUGUCGCGUAUUUACGCGCCACCCGCAGCUCUUGCUACCCCAUCUCUCCGUAAAUGCUUGUGCUUUAGAUGUGACGGAGGUGCCUUUUCAGACCCUCCGAGAUCGCGGAUUUCGUGGUGUUAUUUUUGACAAGGACAACACGCUAACUAUGCCACAUAAAAUGGAACUUUGUCCUCAUUUGGUGUCGUCAUUGGCCGAAUGCCGUCGAGUUUUUGGAGAAGCAGGCGUCAUUAUAUUCUCCAAUUCCGCUGGGUCGACGGACGACAAGGACGGAAUCGAAGCUAAAAAGAUCGAAGAGGGUCUACAUGUCCAAGUGCUUCGACACAAUCAAAAAAAACCAGGAGGUUUUGCUUUCGUGCAAAAACACUUUGGCGAAGUAGAUCCGCAAACUCUCGUAAUUAUUGGCGACCGGUAUUCGACGGAUGUGCUGUUCGGCAAUCUUCAUGGGCUAUUUACAAUCCGAUCGGAGCAGUUAGCACCGGAAGGAGAAAGUUUUGUGAAUCGACAGCUGCAGUAUAUUGAAAAGGCUGCUGUGCAUAUGCUGAUGCGCGCAGGAGUCCGACCGCCAACUCACCCUUUAUGGCAUAGCAAACAUAAUUGA